AUGGUAUCUCACAUAUUUCCAGGCGCAAUCCAAGUCCGUGUGCACGAUCUAAACGGCUGCGCCGCCUUGCUGAAUGUGUUUCAGAAGCACGGCCAUAACGAGAUCGAUAUUGUUCGCAUCUACGGCGGCGGCUCGACAGAAGGGUGCCUCAGCCAGCUGAAAUGUCAGGAACGCGGCCUUGUCAUGGGAACAAAGAUUAUUCCGCUCCAAAGAGGGCCAUUCUCGUACUCGUGUAAGAAAGACGACGUCAAAUCCGGCCUCAUAUUGAGGUUGAAGGCAUUGCAAACCGACCAAGUUGACCUGUGGUUCCUGCAUCUACCGGACUACAAAACGCCAUACGAGGAAACCAUAGAGGCCGUGAACGAGCUAUACCAGGCGGGCUACUUCAAGCGCUUUAGGAUCAGCUGCUACAUGGCCUGGGAACUGGCGCAAAUCUGUGAACUGUGCGAGCGAAAUAGAUGGAAGAAGCCCGACGUCUACUCGGGGUUGUAUAACCCGAUUCAGUGCGCCGUCAAGCCGAAGCUUUUCCCAUGUCUUCGACACUGUGGCAUCGCUUUCUACAUGUUCCGUCCGUUAGGGAAAGGGUUGCUUACAGAUAACGCCCAGCGGGGGGUAACGACACACAGUCAGGCUGACCCAAAGACCAAGGUUGACCUGAAAGUCACCGGGUGA